UGAUCUUUGGUUCUUUAGUUUUCAGUUUUCAAAUUUCGAAUAAUAUCUCUUUCAUUGUUAUGUUUCCGGUAGGGAAAAAUAUACGCGUUUCUCUUAUGUGGUAUUUCGAAUGAAUGCCUUUAGCAAUUGAUUUUUUCCGAAUUAUCCUUGUGUUAUAUUGCACUCCAGGGACCAGCUAAAUAAGGAUGAGUUCUUUAAUUAUAAUUAUAACAGAAUUAUAAUUAAUUACAUACAUGCAGCCAUUUCUAGAAAGUAGAUCAUAAGCGUUAACUUUGGUAGACAGUAAAAAGUGACCUGAAAGCGUGAGCCGUUGGGUUUCGGCAUUGAUGGCAUUUAUUGAACUAAAAAAUGUGCUGUAAACGAAGAAAAAAAAAACACUUUUAAGGGAAACGUGUAUCUGUUGUUACUGCUGCUAGUAAAACCCACCAAUGUGGCCUGCACAGUCAUGUCUUCAGCAAAGCAUAACCAGAGGUUCAUACUGAACUCUGCAUCGCGGCUUGGGCAAAUGGCAAAACUUACGAUGAAGCCGCAAUGCAGUUUCUGAAUUCUGUUCGGCUCUGCAGCUCUCUCGCGGAGUGCCACUGAGCCACGUGCUGAGCCACAGGAAAAUUAGACAGAUCCGGUUCUGUGCAUUAGGGUUUUACACAUCAUUCGGCGAUCAGCUCUUUUGUUGUUGUUGUUGUUGUUGUUGUUGUUGUUGUUUUUUACCGCUUUCGGAAACCGUCUGAAAUACACUGUCUCGAAUAAUGUGUUCAAGUCUCUCGGAAAACCGACGCGCAGGCCUUGUGAAGGGCAAGGUGAUAAAACAGACGGAGCGCAGAAAAUUUACCCGAACCGCCGCGUUUAAUAAGCACUUUCAGUUAAGUGUUUAAAAUACUGACUGUGCUUUUCUUCCUCAGUGCUGCUAGCACUUCUAACACUGAGAGGAGAGCAGGCCUUCUCCCCUUCACAGCUUUAUUUAUGGCGCUAUAAAAGAUGGUCGGGCCCUGAGAGGGAAUGGAAGUGGAGGAUUACACCGGGUCGCUGCAACGGACGGGUCUCUCGCAAACCCCGCGGCGCGGGGAGAUGUCAACACGAAUUGCCUUUGCUAAAAAGACAAAUAGCGCAACAAAACAAAACAACAACAUUUCUUAUCCAGCACAUUUCAUUUCGCUGGUGUGCAAAGGCAAAAAAAAAAUCUAUAUCGCUAUGAACAUAGGCCUUUAUUACUUACUAUUCAACUUUUUCUGUGUGUUUCUCAACGACUGUCACACAAGGCGUUAUCGUUUUACGAAAUUAUUAUUCAUUACAAUCUUAUCAAUAAUAUUAAUAUAAAUCAUAAAGUAUAUCGGAUUUAGAGCUGCAAAUGUUCAGAUUGAUAUCAGCAUAGGCAGCCCCAGUGUUCGAUUAAUUAAUAAUGCCGUUGAAGUCUGUGUAACGCCAAAACGCGGGGUGUACUCGUGAUUAGAAUUAGGAUGGGUAUCGGCCGGGGCAGUCGUAGGGACGUACUGUUACGCUCUGACACGAAUCGCGGACGGGUGAGUCGAGAGCCCUAAACUGAGGCUCUGUGUGUGUGUCUGAGGAGCUGGAAACUCGGGAGACGGAUCAACAGUUCGAGUAAGUGGAGGAGUGAGCGCGAGGGAAGAGUCUUUAAACGUGACAUUUUUUUUUCUCUCUCUCUCUCCCUUUCUUCCUCCGAAGGAAGUAUCUAUUUCAAACAAUACGAAAGCUCGCAAAAACGCGUAUGAUUGAACCCAGGCCUAAAAUGACAAGAUACUAGAUAAACUGUAAUUGCUCCUUCUGUUCCGGCUUGUUGUACAUUCCAUUAGUGGUUUGACCGCUGCCUUCUAGGAAGAAAUAAAAAGUUUAACAAGGAGUAAAAGAAAAUAAUAUAUAUAUAUAUGGCGGACUGUUUAAAUGAGAAUCGGGAGUGUGGUUUUUUUUCUAUUUCUUUCUUCUUUUUUUUGCACAAUUUUUGCAGCGCCGCGUUUCUCUGCUCCGGGCUUUGCUCUGUGCUCUGCUGUGUGCUGUGUGAUCCCAGCUGUGUUUUCAUCCUUUGCAAACCCUUCGACCUCUCUGUCUGCCUCGGCUUUAGGGCCGCCAUAAAACACUUGAGCUCUGCUUUCACUGACUCCCACGUCGACUUGGGAUCCAUACGGGUCCUGUACAGCUCCAGUGUGUAACCUUCAGCGCCCGCGGAUAAGCCUCUCUCUGCUCUCCUCACACGACUGCUCUUCACUGGGGUGUUUCAUACAAUACCACCGUUAAUAGAACCAGUGGGCCCACAAUUACAAGAAUAGCAAGAAGAAUAUUAAGACUAAUAAUCAGAACAGCAGCAAGAAAUAGCUUUAAACAAUUAAGACAAAGAGGUAAAAUCGUGACCGGUAUUCUUACAGCGCUAAUGAUGACCGGCUCAUUUCCUAGCAGCUUUCGUCAUAUGGGACAAAUUAAAGUCGGCACCUAAUAGGUACUUCUCAAAACAUUUAUCAUUCUAGAUCAAAACUUAAAAAAAAAUAAAAGAAAUCAAUCUCCACGUUUAUAUCCGCUGAAAUCCGGCAGGCGGGAGCGUUUGAACUCCGCAGCGCGUUUGUGGAUACGUGUGUACGUGAAGGGAAAAAGAGCAUUCUGAUUUAGAUUAACGCUGGAGGUCUUUUUAUCAUAAAGAAAAUCCGGCCUCGCCUGCGGAAAUGGGAAUAUGAAAUAUGUCUAAAGAUGAAAAGAAAGCGCUCACUUGGUCUCAUACUGAUACGAAGCUACGUUUCUAAUCGUAUGACGCAGCUCACGUUAGGUGUAUAGAUUUUGAAAGUGUACUUGCAACGUAUUAAUAAUGAAAAAAGGUAAACGAAAUUGGAGCCCGAAAAAGCGAUACAGUGACCGGGGUGCUGUUCUCGCUUGCAGAUGUUGGACUAAUAGGACACUCAGUGUCGAUUGCAAUGCAUCAGAAAUCCUGCGCAUUCACACAUGCAUUGACUAAUCGGUCUCAUAACAGCUGUAGUGACCCAGGAGAAGGAGAGCAGAAGAGAGCACUAUCUUAGAAGCAGUAUUUAUGCAUGAUGGACAACACUGUGUAGUAGUCCACAUUACUCACUAUCUCACGGGCAGGGCGAGCGGCCUUAUGAUUUUCUUCCUCUCCAUAUUUAAUAUUUAGUUAUUGAUUCAUUCCGCUGUUGUACCCUCACCUCUGUCGGCACAAAGAGCUGCACAACCGAGUCCCCCACCCACCCACCCACCUCCCUUCAGGAAUGCUGAUGUUUUCAAUUCUAGUUCUAGUUGUAUAUACAUACGGUAGAAGCCGUAGAUCUGGGUUCUGCAGCCCCUGCGACCCCCCCCAGUCACACACAACUCUUUCCAAGAAGGUUUUCCUUUGAUGAGAUAAAAUCACAUCCCCCCUUACUUUCCCACUUUUCACUUUUCUGUCCCCUACAAAAUCGAUCCCAUCGCGUAUGCCUCCGAUCAGAAAAUCAGACGCGCCAAUAAUCACCGCCUUAUUCUUUUUAGCGUUGCGUUGAUUGUUAGGCUACUAGCAAGGGGCACUCUAGUAGUUUAUUGUCGAGGAGGAAAAAAAGUGUAUCGCUGACCCUCACGGAGUGCGAGAGCGGUGCGGUUGUGUCAGCACUAUUUUGUGUUGUUGUAGACUCGGACUAACGCAAUAACGUCACGCUGGCACUACGCGUGGUCGGAGCACCUACUAUAUUGAAGCACCUAUAUUGUUGAUUCAGCCAGACGAUUUGAGUGAAGUCCAUACACACGGAGAAACGCGCGCACACAAACGACAACAACAGCGGCAUAAACGUGUAAACUAAAAUAUUUACCUUCAGGAAGCGGUAGUUACUAACGUAUUUAAAGAAUGCGUGUGUCCUUCACCUUCGACUUCAAAAGAAAGACCUUAAGUGCGUCUUGCGGUGCAGGUUUUGCAUUCUUCGCCAGCAAUCCGUUUUCAUUUAAAGACGAACCGAUGAGGCAUUCCGUCAAACGAAAAGUCUGUGCCAAAACGUAACUGUAGAUCAAGAACACAAAGAGAUUCUUUGCCAUAAUUAAAACGCAGAGAAUCCGUGUCAGAAUAUUUCCGGCGUAAUUUUAUCACAGAACUUCGAGCAUGAUUUAUCAGUUUAGUUUUCCCAUGCGAGUGCAGCGCCCGCCGGUUGAAUUAACAGCGGAUGGCUGUAGGGAUAGUAUUUUGACUUGUUUGUGUGCUAUAAGCUUACAAACCCAUUACACAGGUCUUCCUGACAGGGACCCGGGUGCACCCGGAUUUACAGCUCUGAACUGGAGGCAAGACGGUGGGGUUUGAAAGGUGGGAUUUGGAAGUGUAUUGGUCCGGGAAGUCCACAGUGUAAAGCCUGCAAACGUGCAAAAUACAAUUUAUACGAUCACAUCAGAUUUCACUAAAAUCCACUAAUUGAUGCUUCCCCUCUAAUCAAACGGCACCCAGCCGAGCGUGGUAUAAACCGCUGUAAAAGACUUUUAUCGAGCCCAUGGAGGAGAGCCUUACCGGGUUCUUUAAAUAAUGAUUGUCCCUCUUUUUUUAAACAUUUUUUAUUAAGUUAUCAGUUUCCCGUCACGUACCUUUAUCACUUAAAUGAAACAGCACGCCCUUUACAUUCAACUAAUGCUACCGCAGCGCGGCCGUUUGUUAAGAAAAGGGUUGUAGACAAUAUUUAAAGAUGUAAGUAAAUUCAAUUAGGGGGGGAGAAGAAAAUGCUACUAUAUCGGUUAUGUAUUUCACAUUGACAUACAAGCACGGCCGCAGAUUCAGAUUAUUUUUUCUGGAUGUUGAGACGUUUUUUUCUCAACCCCCCAAAACUCCCGUGUCGUCUCAACGCAACCACUCUUCGUUAAGGGGAAUGAAAUAUAGAGAGUUUAAUACCAAAGGAAAGAAACUUUUAUCGAUCCCGGAGUCUUUGAAAAGCAAUAUCGUCAGGAAUAUUCUAUGAUGCUUAAAAUAAUUCGAUUACCGCGCGUGCGGUAAUCUUAUUUUCUCCCAACCGCGUCCCAUUAAAGCAUAACUCUGCAUUACAGAACAGCUGUCGUUGUAAAUUAACACAGAAGCACUCGCAUGCAAACAAUCCAUAUUUAGUAGAUAACUCCUUGUGCUUGUCAAAUUUGUGCAGGCCUGUCCGUAUUGUUUUAAUUUCAUUUACUUGGUAGUGCAGUCCUUUACCCAGUAUUUAUUGAGAUGCUAUAACAAUCGCUUUUUUUCCUCGUUGAGACAAAUCUCAAUCCAAUUAUAUUCAGUCACUGGCUUGCACAAAUCCGUUUUUUUCUUUUGAGUUUUAUAUGCAUAUCUACUUUCAGCGAGGGGAUCAAAACUAGCGAAGACGUUUUUUUCUUUUUUUUCUAUUUUUUUUUCCACUUUCCCUGCGCUCCCUGUUUGCUAUUGGUGGAAAACCGGUCAGCUGACUUUGUCAUUUUGUCCGUCUUGGAGCAAAGCCUUAGCUAUAACAUUCCGGGCUGUGCGUCUUUUACUGGAGCCCUGAAAUAAAUAAUAUAGAAAUCAUUCAACGCGCUUCAGGAGAGAGAGAGUGUGAGACUGAGAGAGAGAGAGAAAGAGGGAGAGAGGGAGAGAGAGAGUGAGGGAGAGAGAGGGAGAGAUAAGGUAUGAAUUCCUAUUUCGCUAACCCGUCGCUCUCCUGCCAUUUAACCGGUGGACAAGACGUUUUGCCAAACGUAGCCCUAAAUUCGACUACAUAUGACCCAGUCAGACACUUUUCCUCGUACGGCGCCGCCGUUGCCCAAAACAGGAUAUAUUCCUCUCCCUUCUACUCGCCGCAAGAGAACGUCGUGUUUGGGUCAAGCCGCGGACCGUACGAGUAUGGAUCUAACGUGUUUUACCAAGACAAGGACGGGCUACCUAGCUGUCGGCAGAACAGCAUGGGACAGAGUGCUCAGAGCGCGCUCGCCCCGGACUACAGUCCCGACCAGGGCAGGACCGGCGCGCAGCAGCAGAAAGGCAGCGUACAGAUCUACCCGUGGAUGCAGCGAAUGAACUCUCACAGCGGAGUGGGAUACGGAUCUGACAGACGGAGAGGGCGGCAGAUUUACUCCCGGUACCAAACUCUAGAACUCGAGAAGGAAUUCCACUUCAAUCGGUACCUGACCCGCCGCCGGCGCAUCGAGAUCGCCAACGCGCUGUGCCUCACGGAACGGCAGAUCAAAAUCUGGUUCCAGAACCGCAGGAUGAAGUGGAAGAAGGAGAGCAACCUCACACCCGCGGUCACGGGCGGGGGCGCCGCCGGGGGCUCCCAGGAGGAAGAAAAAGAAGGGAUCGAAGAGGAGACGGAGGACGAGAAGAAGAAAGAAUGAAAGGGAAAAGCACCUCUGGCUUGCGGGCAGAGCCUCCGUUAGACACAUAACGAAAACACAAACCAAGCGCCCACUUUUGCGUUAACGAAACUACCUAUGUUGUUGGCACAACUAUAUAUGUCUAUGUAUAUGUAUAAACACACGCACACUCUCUCUUUCACACACGAAUUAAUAGAUCGCUGCAAUUACAUGCUAAUUCAGCCACAGUAACUUCUACCAGAUAACAUCUGGCUUAGGGCAUAAGACUCAUUCUCCCCUCAGAAAAGAGUCACUUUUUCCCUCGCUUUGUACUCGUUGUUAAAACCCCCCCCUCUCCACCCCCCCUCUCUCUCCACCGAUCCACAGUGUGGGCAGAAUUCCAUCGCAGAAAACAGCCUUUCUCUUCUGUACGCGAACUCAUGUGCUGUGAUGAAGUAAAUAGUUUUUAUGUCGCCUUCAUUGAUUGAUAUAUAUAUAUAAUUUUAAGUGCAGUUACAACCGCUGUGUUACGAUAUGUAUGUAAAUAAACAUCACCCUGUAUUUAGCAGUUGUUUGUGUGCUGCUGGGAUUUCGGGAUCCGCGUCACGCGGAGAAGGCAUCCCGAGUUUUAUAAGGGACUCAAAGCGACAGACAGCGGCUCCUGCGUGUUGUUUCAUUUCAUAUUAUUUUACGUUCUGAAAAAUAGCUUCAGUCCUGUGAAACAUUAGCCUACAAGGUGGGAGGAAAUGUUGCCACCGGCUGUUUUGUACUACCAGAAUUGUUAAUAUUUCUGUAUAUAUGCCUAGAAUUCAUACUGUCAGAGCUUCCGUGUGUAUGCUGCAGGCUUUAAUUGUGGUAGAUGUUUUAUUUAUAUUUAGCGUUGUAUUGAGUAAGAACUGAUAAUAAAAUAAUGUUAAGUGGCUAAAAAAGUAGUGUUAGAAGACAAAAAAACAACAGGUAUCUCUAUCCCUCUUGUACUGUACGACACCAGUACGACGUCGCGCUCAAUCGCCUCUGUUCAGUAUUUAAUAAAAUUAUUUUUAAAGGUUAAAA